AAAUAAAACUACGUGAUAAAUGAGAAAGUUGGUCCUGGAGAAGUGAUGGGGUUUGCUCGUGAGAGAAAUUGUGAAUAUAUGACCGGGUGUGUGUUUACGCGCCCAGGAUGGAGAGUGGAAAUUGCAGUUGCAACAUAGGAUAUGGUAUUGCUACCGGUGUGGAUAGAUGGCACCCAAGCCUCCAUUGCAAAUCCUUCAACUCUUCCCUUUUCCUCAAACCACCGUCCUCCAAACCUCUUUCCCUCUCUCUCCGCCGCAACCUCCGUCAUGCCACACACUACCUCUCCCCGGACUCCCACUCCCUCAUCCACGCACUCCACGUCUCCUCCCGCGCCGCCGACACCCAACUCGUCAAGACCGUCCACGCCACGCUCCUUAAACUCCACGAACACGACACACACCUUUUCAACGCCCUCAUCUCCGCUUACCUCAAACUCCGCCUCUUCCCCCACGCCCUCCGCCUCUUCCUCUCUCUGCCUUCACCCAACGCCGUCUCAUACACAGCCCUCAUCUCCGCCCUAUCGAAGUGGCCCAACCGCGAGCACCACGCACUCAAGCUCUUCCUCCGCAUGACGCACUCCCACCUCAUCCCCAACGCGUACACAUACGUCGCCGUUUUAACUGCCUGCACAAGAAUUCUCCAUUUCCAGUUGGGCCUCCAGGUUCACGCUGCCGCUCUCAAAACGGCCCAUUUCGAUUCCACCUUCGUGGCAAACGCCCUCGUUUCUCUUUACGCCAAUCAUGCCCCUUUCCACGAUGCGCUUAAACUCUUUAACCAAACACGGCACAGGGACAUUGCGUCGUGGAACACUAUUAUCUCUGCUGCAGUGCAGGAAUCCAUGUACGACACUGCGUCGGUAUUCCGUGACAUGCAGACGACGGAUGCGUUUCGAAUCGAUGAUUUCACCUUGUCGAUACUUUUGUCUGCGUGUGAGUCGUUGGUGGAAGGUCAGCAAGUUCACGCACACGCUGUUAAAUUAGGGUUGGAAAGUAGUUUGAACGUUGGAAAUGGACUCACUGGGUUUUACACUAAGUUUGGAACCCUUGAGGAUGUGGAGUGGUUGUUUGAGGAGAUGAAAGUGAGGGAUGUUAUAACUUGGACUCAGAUGGUGACCGUGUAUAUGGAGUUUGGGUUGGUGGAUUUGGCUCUGAAGGUGUUUGAUGAAAUGCCCGAGAAGAAUUCUGUGUCUUAUAACGCUGUUUUGUCUGGGUUUUGUCAAAACGAGGAAGGCUUAGAGGCGAUGAAGUUGUUUGUCAAAAUGGUGGAGGAGGGUUUGGAGUUGACCGAUUUUAGUUUGACUAGCGGAGUACAUGCUUGUGGAUUGAUCGGUGAUCCCAAGUUCAGCAAGCAGGUUCAUGGGUUUGCGGUGAAGUUUGGGUUUGGAUCAAAUGCUUGUAUUGAAGCGGCAUUGCUUGACAUGUACACGAGGUGUGGUAGGAUGGUGGAUGCGGAGAAGAUGUUUCUGAGAUGGGAGGUGGAGCAGUUUAGCUCUGUGUCUUGGACAGCCAUGAUAUGUGGCUAUGCUCGAAACGGGCGGCCAGAGGAGGCCAUUUCUCUUUUCCACGUUGGUCGAUCCAAUGAAAAGGUGAUUAUGGAUGAAGUUGUGGUGACUUCGAUGCUUGGUCUUUGUGGAACUGUUGGCCAUCAUGAUAUGGGUAAGCAAAUUCAUGGUCAUGUUGUUAAAUGUGGUUUGGGAUCUAACUUGGAAGUUGGAAAUGCACUUCUUAGCAUGUAUUUUAAGUGUGGGAACGUGGACGAUGCAAUGAAGGUGUUUCAUGAUAUGGCUUAUACAGAUAUAGUUACGUGGAAUACUUUGAUCUCAGGAAAUCUUAUACACAGACAAGGAAACAGAGCAUUGGAAGUAUGGGUGGAAAUGCAGGAGAAGAACGUAAAGCCUGACCAAGUUACAUUUGUAUUGAUAAUUUCAGCUUACAGGCAAACCAACUCAAAUUUGGUCGAUGAUUGUCGUAGUUUGUUUAACUCAAUGAAAAAUGUUUAUCAAAUUGAGCCCACAUCCAUGCAUUAUGCUUCCUUCAUCAGUGUUUUGGGUCACUGGGGUUUUCUGCAAGAAGCACUAGAAACUAUCAAUAAAAUGCCUUUCCAGCCUUCAGCUCUUGUUUGGCGCGUAUUGCUUGAUGCUUCCAAACAGCAUCAGAAUAAAAUGAUUGGAAAAUGGGCUGCUCAGAAUAUUCUUUCCUUCGAACCUAAAGAUCCUUCAACGUUUAUACUUGUUUCAAAUCUGUAUUCUGCAUCUGGGAGAUGGGACCGCUCUGACAUGAUCAGGGACGAGAUGAGGCAAAAAGGGAUUCGCAAACACCCAGCUCAAAGUUGGAUCAUUUCUGAGAAGAAAAUACAUACAUUUUAUCCGAGAGAUAGAUCACAUCUUCAGGAGAAAGACAUAUACAGUGGCUUGGAAAUUCUGAUCUUGGAGUGCCUAAAAGUUGGAUAUGAACCUGACACGAGCUUUGUUCUCCAUGAAGUAGAGGAGCAUCACAAAGAAAUUUUUCUAUUCCAUCACAGUGCUAAACUGGCAGCAACUUAUGGGAUACUGAUGAGCAAGCCUGGAAAGCCCGUUCGGAUUGUAAAGAACAUCCUUCUUUGUGGGGACUGCCAUACAUUCUUAAAAUAUGCAUCAAUUAUCACGAAAAGAGAUAUAUUUCUGAGAGAUUCUUCUGGAUUUCAUUGUUUCUCCGGUGGCCAGUGCUCGUGUAAAGACUGCUGGUGAAACGCUGGCUCUUGUAGCCGGUCAUCAUGAUUUAUAUCAGUUGUCUUUGCUGAAUAAUUUUGUUAGUUAUAGGAUAGCAAUGUUAGAUAAGAGUUGUAUGAGAUUUUUCUAUAGAUGUUACAACCAAUCAUCUAAGGAGAAAAUGAGUAAAACAGCAAGAGGAAGUGGAAGAAAGGUUCUCCUUUACAAAUGUUUCUGUAAAAAAUUUAGGGGUUAGAGCUGCACAUUCUCAUCUUAACAAAGAUGUAUUUUGUCAGUUUAUUGAUAAUCUUUGUAUGUCUGAAAUCUAACACGGUUGGUAUUUACCAACUCAGCUUCGUAUUUUUUCAUUGUUUGGAGUAUUGAAAUAUUUACUCCAACUACAUUAAUUUUAAAUGUUCGAUUGACUUUUUUA